AAAAAAUAAUAAUAAUAUUGUGUGUAUUGAAUAUUUUUGGAUGAAGUUUUGUUAACUUUCAAUUCUAUUUUGCAAUUAUAAACAAUAAACAUAAUGUCAGCUGUUACCAGAAUGGAAAAGCUGACAAAAUUGACCAAUGCAUUUUGUCUUAUUCAAACACGUAAUUAUGCUGAUAGACGUAUUCCUAAAGCUUGGAAAAAAGAUGUUAAACGAUAUGAAAGUGUCAACUACUAUCCCAGAUUUCCAGAUCAUGAGGAUCCACCAAUUGAACCAACAAAAUUACUAGUUGUCAGACGUUGUAAACCAUACAAAGGUAAUCCAUGGUGGGAUAAACAAGUUCUAGAUGCCUUUAAAUUAAAAGACAGCCAGGGUGAAAUUGCAAUUGUCAAAAAUACACCAGAAAUAUGUUCACUUUUAUGGCAAAUUAAACAUUUAAUUGAAAUCACCCCACUUCGGGCACCUGAUAAACUACCAGAAAAAGAUGGACCACAAUCAACAUGGCUUCAUGAAAAUGGUGAUCUUUUGAUUGCUCCAAGAGUUGAUCCAAUUCGUGAAAAAGCAACAAUUGAUUUUAUCAAUAAUCCUAAACACUUGGAUACUGAAACACUUCAACAUGAAUUAAGAAUGAGAUGGCUUAAUCCAUAUGACACGUAAAUAUCAAAUACAAAUUAAUUAAACAAUACAAAUUUUAAUUAAUAGUUUAUCAUAAAUGAAAAUUGAUGUUGUUAAUUGUAAGCGAAUAAAAAAAAAUAAAUAAAGUGAUAAUAAUUAAUCACAUUUAUUUGAACAAAAUUUUAAUGAAUUAUUA